CACAUUUGGUGUUCAAAGCGUUCGGAACGUGGACGAUUUUAGCUCUGCCGGGAACCACCUUCGUCACAUCACCAAUCCUCUGUACUCACAUUCCAGUUGGGGAUUCGUUCGGGGGCCCAGCCAACUAAAUCACGAUGAAGUAUUUCGGCGGAGUCGAAGGAGGAGCCACCCACUCCAGGCUGGUCAUCUGCGACGAGAGUGGCCAGUCCGUGGGCUCCACCAGCGGCCUGGGCACCAACCACUGGGGCAUCGGCAUCCCGGAGUGCGCCCGCCGCAUCGCCGACAUGGUGGAGCGGGCCAAGGAGGAGGCAGGCAUUUCCAAGGAUACGCAUCUCACGAGUCUGGGAUUGAGCCUCAGCGGUUGUGAGCAGGAGGCCACCAAUCGCGAGCUGGCGCAGGAGCUGCGCAAUACGUUCCCGGGUCUAUCCCUAAGCUAUGCCGUCUCCAGCGACACCAUGGGUAGCAUGUACACCGCUUCCUCGAUCGGGGGAAUGGUCCUUAUAUCGGGAACCGGCUCCAACUGCCUGCUGCGCAAUCCUGAUGGCUCUACGUUCAAUUGCGGCGGCUGGGGUAACUUCCUCGGCGACGAGGGCAGCGCCUGGUACAUCUCAUACCGAGCAGUCAAGGUGGUGUUCGAUCACAUGGACAACUUCGAAAAGUCGGCGGCUCCUGUGGAGAAGACCUGGGCCCUGAUCAAGGAGCACUUUAGCCUCGAGACGCGGCUGGACAUGCUGCCGCACUGCUACGCCAAGUUCGACAAACCCUUCUUCGCCAACCUGUGCAAGAAACUGGCCCAGAAUGCGGAGAACGGUGACGAGCUGGCACGUGGUCUGUUCCGGGAGGCCGGCGUGCACCUGGCCCGAAUGAUCCUCUCCCUGCUGCCCAAUGUGCACAAAGAUCUAGUCAAGUCCGGCGACCUGAGCGUGGUGUGCGUGGGAUCGGUGUGGUCCAGCUGGGACCUGCUGCAGGAGGCCUUCAUUGCGGAGCUGUCCAAGACGGAAAUCCACUUCAACCUCAAGCUGGUGCAGAUCACCAAGAGCAGUGCCUACGGAGCCUGCUAUCUGGGGGCGGACAGCGCACACUUCGAUCUGCCGAGGAACUAUGCCGACAACGUCACAGUCCUAUACACAUACACUGAUCCGCGAAAGAAAGCCAAGGCUAGUAACGGCGUAUCAGUUAGAUAGUAUUACUAUUCAAGUAUUCAAUAGAAACACUGAAAAAAUUAAAUGAAACUAUUUGCCUUUACCGUUCCA